AUGAAGGAAGGCUAAAAUAUAAAAGUCGUUGCUAGAUUAAGGCCACUCAACUCUCUUGAAAUGUAACAAGGAGGGGAAUGCUGUGUUACGUAUAACGAUAAAUAAAUUACUGUCACAGUUGGCUCCAAUGAUAAAUAAGAUUUUACAUUCGAUCGCAUAUUUGGACCAGAUUCAGAAUAAGCAGAUGUAUUUGAAGAAGUAGGAAGACCCAUUUUAGAUAGUGUGAUGAAUGGUUAUAAUGGAACUAUUUUUGCUUAUGGCUAAACUUCAUCAGGAAAAACAUUUACGAUGGAAGGCCCAGAUAAUCCCAAUGAAAGGACUAAAGGAUUAAUACCAAGAGUUAUGACAGAAUUAUUCGAUGUUGUGAAUGGCAAAUCUGAUGACUUGAUAUAUAUAGUAAAGGUGUCUUUUUUGGAGAUUUACAACGAGAAAAUAAUGGAUUUAUUAGAUACUAACAAAACAAACUUAAAAAUCAAGGAAGAUAGACUAAGAGGAAUUUUUGUAUAGAAUCUCACAGAGAUUAAAGUUGAAUCUCCAGAAGAAAUGAAAUAGGUGAUGUUGACAGGGUCAAAUAAUAGAACUAUAGCUGCUACCAGAAUGAAUGAAAGAUCCUCUAGAUCCCAUUCUCUAUUCCAAAUUUAAGUGAGUGAAAAGAAUAUAAAAACAGAUUCUAGUAAGCUAAGCAAAUUGUACUUUGUGGAUUUGGCAGGAUCAGAAAAAGUAGCAAAAACCAAUGUUUCUGGUUAACAACUAGAGGAAGCCAAGAAUAUUAAUAAAUCAUUAACUUGUUUGGGUAUGGUUAUUAAUGCUUUAACUUCUGAUAAAAAGGAACAUAUCCCUUAUAGAGACUCUAAAUUAACAAGAAUAUUAAGUGAAUCACUUGGAGGGAAUGCAAAAACCACUUUAGUAGUUGCUUGUUCAAUGUGUUCAUAUAAUGAUAAAGAAACUAUAAGUACUUUAAGAUUCGGAGCAAGGGCUAAAGCUAUCAAAAAUAAACCUACUAUUAAUGCAGAGAAAAGUGCUAAGGAAUUACAAGCCUUGCUCGAUAUUGCAGAGUAAAAGAUAGUAGAAUAAGAUGAAAUUAUCAAUAAAUUAAUGGAGAAAGUAGAGAACAACACUUCAGUUUCCUUCGAAAAAGGUAAUUCAAAUCAGGGAUCUUAAUAAAAUAUUGCUUAAUCUAAAUAACAUUCUUCUCUAUAAUUAUUAAAAGAGCAUAAAUUAGUUGUAAAUUUACAAGAAGAAUUAGAAUUCCAAAAAACAGAAAUGGCUGCUCUUUAAAUAAAUUAUUAAAGUAGAAUUGAUGAGUUAUAAGACAAGAUUGUUAAAUAGAAGUUCAAUGAAGAACAUUUAAAAUAAUAAUUGUCUGAAUGCUUAAAAAAUAAUCAAAAAUUCAUUUUUGAAAAUGAAUAAUUAAAAACUCAAAUUUUAGAGAAUGAAUAAAAAUUGUUUGAUUUUCGUAGGGCUCUCUCCUCAACAAAACAAGAUUUGGAUUUCUUCCUUGCUAAUCUCAAUCUCAAGAAUUAAUUCAAUUAUUGUCCUUCAGAUUCAGAAUCAACUAAGGAUAUAUUCAUGACUGAGCAAUAUGAUAAGGAUAUUGAGGAAAGAACAUUCUAAAGCAUAAUUAAUUUUACAGAAACACUAACAAAAUUAGAUUCAGUUCUAAUAAAGGAUCUUAGUUCAGAUUAAAUAAUCACUCAAUUAGCAAAUUCAUAGAAUAAGAAAAAGAAUGUAUCAUUUCAAUUAGAUUCCUAACCUCCAUCGCCAAAAUCCAAUAAAUUAUUAGAUAUAGAUAAUUUCUCAUUUUAAACAGACGAAGAUGAAUUAAACAUAAAAUUUGAUGAAAAUGAAUAAACUUUAAUAAAAUCAACUUAAGAAAAUGAGGAGAUAUCAGAUGUUGAGAAAUUAUUGGCUAUGCUAGGGGAUAAAAUGGAAGAUCCACAUGUACUCUAUCAAAUACAGGAAGUGAUGUCAAAAUUAAGGAGAUAACUUUAAAUUGAAUAAGAAAAGGUGUAGGAAAUAUAUUAAAUCAUGGUGACAGUUAAAGAUUAGUUUUCUAUGUAUCAAAUAAAAGAAAGAGAAAAGUUGUAAAAGUUGAAACUAUCUUAUACUUAAAAAAAGAGCGAAAUGGCUUAAUUGAAAUAGAAUCUUGAAAAAUAAUUAGAAGAUUUAACAAUUGAAUUUCAGAAAUAUAAGCAUGAUUCAGAGAAAUAAUAAUAAUUUCUUACUUAAAUUAAUCAGCAAUUGAUGUUUACUUUAGAGACCCAAAAAUCUUAGUAUUAUAUCAUUCUUAUUUUUUAUAUUAUAACAACAGGAAAAGAAUACCAGUUAGAAUGUACUGUCAAAUAGUUGAUGCAAGAAAGAAAUGAAAUGCACAAUUCAUUAUUAUAAACAAGAUAAUAGUUGGAAAAUGCCAUAAAACAAAAAAAUUCCUAGGCUGAAGAUAUUAUUAAGUUGCAAAAGAAAAUCGAUACCAUAGAACUGAAUAAGAUUUCCUUUGACAGUAAUUCCAAAGGAGAUUCAGUAGAGAUACAAAAAAAGGCACCUUAGAGGCUUAAGGAUGGAGUUUCGACUAAAUUAUUAAAGAUGAUCAUGCAAGGAACGUUGCAAGAUUAGAAACAGUUUUAGGAUAUUCUGAAUUCCAAACAAUCUAAACAGGAGUCUGCGUAGGAAAAGCAAGCCUAAUAAUCGAUGAGUUUUAGCUGUUAGCAAUAAAGAGAUGAAUAGGAGUUUAAUGAUCUCAGUCCAGUCAUUGGUACACGCACCAUAAUUUCAAAAGAAAUUGGAGAAUGCUAAGGAAAAAAUACAGAGAUAUUCGAAUAACACAAAUAAUAGCCAGAAUAAAUAAGCAUAGCAUUAGACGUAAUGAUUUAAAUUAAUGGAAGGAAUUUCAAGAAUAACUUGUCGAUGACAAUGGAACGACCCAUUUUAGAAGAAUUCUAAGAAAGUUACUCUCCUGAUUGA